AUGUUCUCGCGUCCCCGAAGCCUCAAAACGACGAUCGACGACCCUCGGCUUGUACGCUCCGCUAACACGGGCUGGCAAUUUGGUGGUGGACGGUGUGAUCGUCUCCUGUUACGCCUCCGUGGUCAGCGAAUGGCUCGCCUGGCUGGCCAUGCUGCCCAUCUUCCUUUGGCACACGUUGUUGCAAAUGACGCCGCAAAGGGAGGCGGAUGUCGUGGAGACGCCCGACGGGCCGACGAUGAUGCAGGUCUACACUGCAUUCCUGCAGUUUCUCGCCGACUGGCUGUUGCCAAAUCAACUCUUCUAUCAGGAGAUGGAUGUACAUUUCAUGAAGUCCCCAUGCCCAUUCGACAGACCGACAUAGCGACCAACAAGUUGGCGGCGGAAAAGCAGAAUUCACUCGACUCAUGUGAUGACGAGCUGAGAUUGAAUGCUGUAAGGAGAUCUGUGUUCCUUUUCAACUUGCUCCAAACACCGUUAAUACACAUUCAACUGGUGCCAGUCUGGUAUGAUCGGUACAUGACGGCCACGGGUACAUUUACAGGGUUGUGCAGAACCGGCGAGGCCGAACAGAGUCCUUCCCUCCACCCUUAA